CUCCCAUGGCAGAAACAGGAAUUUCCUUGUGGGUCAUAUUUCAGAGUGCUUGUAUUUAUACACGGACUAUAAGAAGGCAGUCACCAUGCAGGGCAGGGACACAUCGUGUUUGCUGCAGGAGGCAAUACAGGGAACCUGGAAAUACUUAAAGGUAUAUUUCUCUAAGGUCUUCUACACCAUAAAGACAUUUUAUCUGCAACCGUGCAUUCAGUGAAAUGCUGCUCAGCAGGAAGCAAAGCAAAAGGAAUUAGCUUCAAGGUUUUUGCUCUCUACUAUCUGGGUGGAAGAAACAGCCAGGAUGGCUUCUACAAGUAAAAGAAAUUCUGCAGUGACAGCUCAAAAUACAUUAUGUCCCGAAGGUGGAGUCUGCAAGCAUGGAUUCCUCAUCAAAUCACCACCUCUUCAACUUUUCAACUCACAGAAUUCCUGGAAAAGGCGAUUUUUCAUCCUGUCUAAAUCCAGCAAUGGCAACUACAUGCUGAAGUAUCUAAAAGGACAGAGCAUAAAAGGCUCCAUAGCUGUUGAUAAAAUCAUAAAUAUCGAAGUUGGCAUAAGCAAUUCUGAAGUUAUGGAAACAGUGAGGAAGAUGUUUAAAUGCCUUCCUGAGCAGGUGAUGUCCGUCAGUACUGGAAACAGACGGUACUACCUCAUUGGGAGCAGCAGGCAGGAAACAGAGGACUGGGUCACUGCGAUAUCUUCAGUCUGCAAGGAGGCAAAAAGAGAUGGAUGCUGCCCUCAGAACCAAGAUCUUCCAAAUCCAGAAAUCAGAAGCCGGCCAGCCUCUUUGCCACUAUUCUUGAAUUCUGCAGAUAAAACCAAUUUUCCGGAAAGGCAAAGCUACCAGAAGGAGAAUGGACCCUCAGAAGACAAGAACAGGCCUAAUUCAGAUCCUGGCCCUCAUCAGACUCAGUGUGACUCACCAAGAGGAAUUUUUCCAAGUCUGGAUAAAAAUCUGGGAAAGAGUGAGGAAAAUCUGCCAUUGUCGGAUACAGAUGAAGACAUCAAAAAGGAUGAAGAAGACUAUUACCAAACUCCCAGCAGCAUUUUAGCAAAGUGCACUACUGAACUAUCACAGCCAGACCCCACAGCUGAAGAUGAUGUCCCUGUGCAAGAGAAGCCAGUGCAGAAGAACCCAGUAAAGGAGAACAUUUAUAUGUCAAUGAAAUCACUUAGGUUGCGGGAUGAGAGUUGCCAGUUCAAGUGCAGAGGUGGUGGGCUCCUGCCUCCUCUCAAACACCAAGACAAUGGUGCAUGUCCAAGAGACUUGGAAGCAAGCAGAGACCUAAAACUCCUAGAAGGCAGCACCAGCCAUCAGAUGACCCUUCAGACAACAGGAAAUUCAUUACCACUUUCAGUGAUUCAGUUGUCUAUACUGCUCAGUCAAGUUACAGAUGAGACCCAGCUACAGAAGUUGGAUAUUUUCGUCCCCCUCGCUGAUAUUAACAGUUACCUAAAACUGACUGAAGCAUCAGGACAAAUAUGUGUCUCACAGUGGGCUGGUCCUUGCCGACUGGGAUGUUUGUUUAAUCAUGGAGACCAUAUAGUGGCAGUGAAUGAUCUGCAACCGCAGGAUGUGGAGGAGGCUUACUUCUUCAUCAGCAGGUCCACAAGAAAGGAGGUGAAACUUACUGUUUGUAGGAUUCCACAUUCAGAUAUCUUCCAUGUUAAAGGUUGCUCAUGUUCCUGAACAAAAAGACAUAAUUGACUAAGUAAGUGCCAAAGUUCAAGGGAAAAGAUCAGGGAGAAAAUGUGAUACGUAGUAUAUGGAGGUAAUCUUUAUCCAAUAGAGCUGCCAGACAUCUUUUCUUGAUGAAGUACAAAGAACAGAGAAUGUGGAUUUAAUUUUUAUUUUAUGUCCUAAUAACUUGUUUUGUUGACAUGAAUGGCAUGUAUUUGACUUGUAUGUCAGUUACAUGAAAAAAAUUGAGGGUCAAAUCAUUUAUUAAACCUUUGCACUAUGUAUACUUUGUAUUUCAGUAGGAAAUAUUGGUUCACACCCCUGCUCGCCCCUUUACGCUGAGUUACAUUGAUUUAUUCUGAACUCCUCAUCAGUUAGGGGUGGGAAACAUCUUACAUUUGGAGCAAAGCCAUGUUUUGCCUGGUUUCCCCUUAGCUACAGAAAGGCAAAGGCAAGCUGAGAGCUGUAGUGUCGGAAGGAAGACUGGUAAAUAAAGUGUGUAGUGAUUCAGUGGGGCCUCCUUUUAUAUUACAGCCACAAAAAUACACUCAAUGGAUGACAGGAAAAAUAGCUGGUUGGAAAAAAAAGGAAUGUGUCUGGAACACGUUCAGGUUCAUUGGCAGCCGAAACAAGCCCUAAGUGAGGAUGAGUUAAUGGAUUUGGGAGAGAAGAGGGCUGGGCUGCUCUGUGAAAGUGUUAUCAGUAAAGACAGCUUCCCAGCUGAGAGAAAUGAUGUGCACAGGGUGUUCACUGCAAGAGUUCUGAUGAUAACAAGUAUGAUGAUAAUAAGGAUGUCACUGGUACCACGGUGUUUCUAGAGCAAGUGCUCAUUUGUUUCCCAAACAAAGACAUUUCCUGUAAAUAUUUCUUUGUGAAUGCCUUGUUUCCUUCGCCAUCUUAGAAACAUGGCUGUUUUUCAGGUGUUGGUGCUGGACGUGAAACUGCCUGCAGGGGUGAUUUUAGUAGAUGUCAACAGGGAGCUUUGUCCUGUAUUACAGUGACCUCUGUUGCUUACAGAAACAUACUGUGAUAUGGCAUGUAUGCAGAAUACAUACCUGUUCUCUAUAUGGAUAUGUACACAUUUGUAUAUACAUAUUUGUGUGCAAGUGUAUUUACACACAUAAUACAUGUAUAUAUACACAUAUGUUGCUAGAUAGAUUGUGUUAAUAUAAAUGAUGUGGCAACAAACUGAACCAAUGCUUUUGAGUACAGAUAAUUUUAUCUUGCUAGAUACAACCAAAAUAACUACCGGGUUUAGCAGACUUGGGAUUAUUGAUAUUAAGAGAUUUAUAUAAGCUUUGAUUAUGGUGGAUUUGUCCCAAAGGAGGUAUUUGUCCAGCCUCCAAUUGAAUUGGGCUAAGUCAGCUACUACAGUAAGAAACUACACUCACUAAAAGCAGUGUUGAUGCCACUUACUUCAGUAGUAAAUUUGACAAAUGUUCUUUGUAUACUUCCUUUAAAAUAAAAUCUGAACUUUAAAAAAAAAAAAUGUUAUAAAAUUUUAUGUAGUUGAAGAGCAUUGGUAACUCAUCCUCAGCACCUAUUAAAAAUAUUAAUUUCCAGGCUGAACGUUUCCACACAACCUGUCUCUUCUACUUUUGAGAUAGGGGUGUUUGGGACACGCUUAUUUCUCAAAGUGGGACAGGAUCGCUUUUUGAUAUUUCUGUUUCAGUGGUGUUCAAAGGCCUGUUUGUGCUGAAUUCUGCAUAAAGACAGAGGGAAACCCCAGCUCUGGAACUACAGAGGCUGAAAAUGGAAGAAAAGACAUUGCUUGGGAGCUCUUCUCCAAAACUGCUGUGGGACUCCUUUGCUCCGCACUGCUCUUUGAGCACAACAAAUCCAUUUCUGCCUAGGGAGCCUCUGAGGGAUGGAUGGGAUGGCUGUCCAUCACCAUACAGGGCUUCUUCCUGCUCUGUGACGGUGUCAGCCUGCUAGGACAGUUCCCUAGGCCUGGAUCCUAAAAUCGCGGAUCAUCCAGGUCAAGAGUAUCCACUGAGGAUGUCACCCUUAACCUUUCCUGCCCAAGGUUUGCCUAAGCUCUUCUGCACUUUACAAAAGUAAAGUCCCAACCUUCCUGUGUUGUUCCACUCACUUCUCUGUAUAAUUAGGAAGUUUUUUCCUAGUAUUUAUCCUAGAUGACCUUUUUAGAAAAUAAGCCUGAUCUUUUCUUGCCCUGUUUUCAAUGGGCAUGGAGAAUACUUGAUUUCUACUGUCUCCUGAGAAAACUUCAUUCUGGAAGGUGUUUCUCGUGCCUGUUCUCACUUUUCUCUUUUUUUUGGACCAGCCAACCUGCAUUCUUUCAAUAUUUUUUCAAACGUUUCCUGAAAGUGGUCAUAUGUCACUGAACUGCGAGAUGAAUACCUUCUUUUCCAUUUAUGGGUCGACAAAGGUGAGACAGCCAUAAAGCAGUCUCCUGGAACUUCGUAGAGAAACGUUUCCAAAAAGAGGUGAACUCACCCAAGAAGCUGUGAACUGUGUGUGCGUGGUGGUGGGAGGAGAUCCACCGCCGGGAAACCCGCACACGGCAUUGCUGCUGAAGCAGGUGGUGACAACGUGUGCUGCACCUCUUGGCCAUGGAGGAAUGUUACUUCUGGAGAAAAAUAGGAUUUGGGUAGAUAUAGCACAGACAAAAUGAUUCCAGAAUAUUUCAGAAGAAUGGAGUAUUACUUCUGUACUUUGGUAAACAGUUACUGAUAUGUUACCCUGUAACUGAUCAUUAUGUCAGCUUGCACAAUGAUAAAUGCAGAUAAUUAAUGUCACAUGUUGGCUGAUUCAUAACACAGAUACAAUACAGAAUUGACAUUGGUACAGUAAAUUCUGGUAGGGUGUGUGGAGUUGUCUGCCCACAUAUGAUUAAUAAAUGUAUUAACAUUUUACAACA